AUGACAUUUCACUCGGCCCAUCUGGAUACCGGCCGGUCAAAACAAACCUGCCGCGCGCGUCACGUUCGGGGGGCCUUUCGCACACGCACGGCUACGUCACCGCGACACGGUCACGUGAUGUACAGGUGUGUGGACGUCGUCGAGAUCGCGGCUGUCGCGCCGAAAGCCGAAACAAGCGCCGAUCGCCCGCUAUCUAGAUGCCGAGCGGCCGGCUCGCACACUAUCAUCCUCCGCCGUCCGCUGGCCAAGCUGACCGUCCGCAGGGGGAAAAUGGGUCUUUAUACAAUGAUUCUACGUCGUCACUGCACCGUCUCGGAAGCUGCACGCAGAGUCGCAGACCGACAGAUUCAUCUCAUGUCGUUGUGUGGCGGGUUGCGGACCGCCAGGGAAAGUGGGGGGGGAUCAUUUGCAUAUCGGCGGGUGACGGGUCGCGGGGCGUGGCCUGCGCGAGCAACUGCGACCAAUGGCGCGCCGUGUUCGCCGCUGGAUGGUACCCGCGCGGCGGGUACCGCGAGGAGGGUACCGACCGAGCUAGUCAACAGCGUCUCAUUUCUUGCCAACGAGAUCUUGAAGGAACUCAAGGAUGUGGAAGUCGUAACUAAUGUCGAUGAUGUUAUACGCUCAUCUGAGGGUACACAGUUGUAUCUGCAGGGUGUUUCGUGCGCUGCGAUGGAAGAAGCAGAUGGAAGGUUGAUGCUUCAUGUGAAUGAUAUGGUGGAGAAUGGUAUCCGUUGUAUAGUUAUACGAAGCUCGGAUACAGACGUUUUGGUACUGGCAGUUUCUCAUUACCAUGCCCUCCACAGAAAGGGCUUGCGAGAAUUGUGGUUACACUUUGGAGCAGGCCUCAAACGAAGGUUCAUUAGUGUGCAUGGUAUCGCUGGUGUUCUUGGGGAGGACACUUCUAUCGCACUCAGAGGGUUCCACGCCUUCACUGGAUGUGACACGGUAUCCUUUUUCGGUUCGAGAGGAAAACAGUCAGCAUGGAAUGCUUUCUUGAAUUGCUCGAAGUAA